AUGUCGUCGUUCCAGCACCUGAACAAGACGUACAAGUGCAACGUGCCCCUUGUUCUAAUGAACUCGUUCAACACGGACGAGGACACCCAGAAGGUCAUCCGGAAGUACAAGGGGCUCAAGUUGGAUAUCCACACGUUCAAUCAGUCGUGCCAUCCGCGAAUCAACCGCGAAUCCCUGCUGCCCGUCACCACGAACGCCAAUGUUCAAGAUGAUAUUGAAGCGUGGUACCCACCCGGGCACGGCGACUUCUACGAGUCGUUCCACAACUCCGGCCUGCUCCAGAAGUUCAUCACAGAAGGGCGCACCUAUUGCUUCAUCAGCAACAUAGACAACCUCGGCGCCACUGUCGACUUGAACAUACUCAAUCUGCUUCUCAACCCGGAUCCUCAGAAGCCAGUCAAAGAAUUCGUUAUGGAGGUCACCGACAAAACGAGAGCUGACGUUAAGGGAGGCACCCUUAUCCAGUACGAGGACAAACUGCGUCUUCUGGAAAUCGCCCAAGUACCCAAAGAGCACGUGGACGACUUCAAAUCAGUCAGUCAGUUCAAGUUCUUCAACACCAACAAUCUGUGGGCGAAACUUGACGCCAUAAAGCGCGUCGUCGACCAAGGAUCUCUCAACAUGGAGAUAAUCGUCAACAACAAGUCCCUGCCUGAUGGCUUGAACGUCAUUCAGCUGGAAACCGCUGUGGGAGCAGCGAUGAAGUGCUUCGAAGGAGGCUUCGGAGUUAAUGUCCCUCGAAGCAGGUUCUUGCCCGUCAAAAAGACAUCAGACUUACUGCUAGUGAUGUCCAACCUGUACAGUUUGUCCCACGGGUCGCUAGUGAUGUCUCCACAGCGCAUGUUCCCGUCGACUCCCUUGGUGAAGCUGGGCGAUAACCACUUUGCUAAAGUUAAGGAGUUUUUGAACCGAUUCGCGACGAUUCCGGAUCUCAUCGAGUUGGAUCAUCUCACCGUGUCUGGUGACGUCACGUUCGGAAGAGGAGUGUCACUCAAGGGCACCGUGAUUAUAAUCGCGAACCACGGCGACCGCAUCGACAUCCCGUCGGGUGCUUUGCUGGAGAACAAGAUAGUGUCGGGCAACCUGCGCAUCUUGGACCAUUAAAAUACGUAACA